GAGCUGGGAUGGGCAUUGGCUUCCCUGCUCUCACAUGGGGAGGUGCUCACCUGCCAGAGCAUUUGGAUGCUAUUCCUUUAAGGCACAACAGGUGGAAAUGCAGUGCUAGAGGUACGAGGAGUAUUUAAAACAGCCUGGCACUGCCAGAGCCCAGUGUCCAGCUGCAGAAGGGAGGCAGGACACUCACAGGAGGUCCUGUGGUCGGCCACUGAGACACCAGCAAAUCUAGGAGUGGUCAGUCUAAAAGAAAAAGCAAGAAGUACAAAAUAGUCUGCAGAACUAACUUGGAGUGGAAUGCAAGAAAAAUGACUCUACUAUCGUUCAUCUUCCUGCUCACCUUCCUCUCAGCUGAAUCUGCAAGCAGCAGACACCUCCCCAAGGCAGCAAUCUCAAGCCCUGUGUUCGGACCACAGCAGGUAUACGGUCUGCUCAAUGGGUCAGUCACUGUGAAAUGCUUCUACCCUCCCACCAAAGUCAACAGACACGACAGAAAGUAUUGGUGCAGGGAAUCGUCCACGAGAUGCAUAACCGUUGUGUCCACCAGUGGCUACGUUGCUCCAGGCUACCAAGGCAGAGUCUCCAUCACCGACUACCCGGUGGCACAGAACUUCCAGAUUAACAUCUCCAACCUGGCACUGGCAGAUACAGGCACCUACCAGUGCGGCAUUGGUAUCAAUGGCAGAGGGCUCUCCCACAAAGUCAAUCUGGAUGUUUCUAAAGGUCCACAUGUACCCGAGGGAGCUGAGCUCUUCUACGUGAAGCUGCACAGCGCUUUGACCAUGUCCUGCAGCUUCGGGGAGGACACUGUGAGCAUGAGGAAAUUCUUGUGCAAGAUGUAUAAAAAUGGCUGCUAUAACAUCAUCGAUAGCUACGGGAAGGUUGAUGAGGAUUACACAGGGAGAGUUCUGCUGAGCCAUGAGGAGCCUCCAGGCUCAUUCAGUGUCGUGAUAACUCAGAUGGGCUGGGAAGACUCAGGCUUGUACCUGUGCGGGGUCGGCUCCUAUGGGGAGCACGGAGAAACGAAGGAACUGGACGUGCAUGUCUAUGAGGAGACAAAUGUUCCUCAAGGAAAGCCCACAAUAAUUGGAGUAAAAGGAAGUUCAGUAACUUUUGAAUGUAACUAUGAGCCUCUAAAAAAGUCCUCAGUGAAGUACUGGUGCAAGUGGAGACAGAACGGGUGUGCUCGGAUCAUAGACAACAGAGGGUUUGUGUCGGACUUGUAUGAAGGAAGAGUGGCCAUGUACGACAGCCCAAAUAACAAGACGAUCACCAUCAUCCUGAACGAGCUGAAGGACAGUGACAAAGGCUAUUACUGGUGCAUGACAGACGAGGAGAAGGAACAGCAAUCAUCAACCGAGCUGAAGAUCAUAGACGGAGAGCCUGGACUGCAGGGAAAGAAGGAAGUGGAGGCACAAGUGGGUUCACGGGUCGAUUUAACUUGCUCUUACCCGUGCAAGUACUACUCCUACCAGAAGUACUGGUGCAAGUGGAACAGCACCAGCUUCACCCCCAUGCCGGCUUCUGACCAAAGGCAUCCGGGGCCAGACGUUACCUGUGACACUGACAACAAGACAGUUAUCCUCAGCUUUGACUCGGUGACAAAGGAAGACCAAGGGUGGUACUGGUGUGGAGUGAAGCACAAUGACCUCUUCGGGGAAACCAUGGCAGUGUACCUGCAGGUGACUGGAGGGAGCGGUGCCAGCCGCAGCCUAGAGCUCCUGAACGUUGAUGCCCCCAGCCACGCCGAGCCCCCCAGCCACGCCGAGCCCCCCAGCCACGCCGAUGGUGGCUUCAAUCCCCAAGGAAGAGCGUCUAGCGAUGCUGGGGUGCGAAGCGCAGCUGCUUCCGAAAGCUCUCAAAGCCAUGGCUCCAACACGCUCACUCCAAUCCUGGUCUCGACUUGUGCCGCGCUCCUGAUCCUCGCAACAGCUUUCGCCAUUUUUAAAUACAGGCAGUUGAAGAGAUCUGACCUGGUGUCCGUCGGGAGCUACAGGACAAACAUCAGCAUGUCAGACUUCGAAAGCGUGAAGGAGUACGGCGCAAGCAAUAACGCCUGCGUGAAAGAGAGCCAGGAGACUCAGAUAGGAGGGGAUGAGUUCGUCACCACCGCAGCCCCCCCGGAAAGCGCUGCCGAGAUAAAGAAGGCGAAAAGGAACUCCAAGGAGGAUGCUGACCUCGCCUACUCCACCUUCCUCCUCACCUCCAGCAGCAUCGCGCAGGGCAGCUCCGGAGGGGACAGCGCUGCCCCGGACGUGUCCCCCCCAAACUGGGAGGGCCAGAUCUGAAGGUGACGGACCAAGAGGCAGCAGCAGCUGAAACCGGCUCUACCUUGAGGAUCAGAGCAAGACAUCAGCAAGCAACAUUUUAUUGCUACCACAAUUUGCUAUAGCUUGACCUUUUUUUGCUUAAAUUCAGCUUUAAGUGGUGAUUUAGGAGGAAUUGUUAGAUGCCAAAUUGGGUGGCUGGGCUGGAGGCGCAGGUCUGAGCGAGCAAGUCAGACUGGGAAACGGCAGGAAUUCGAGUGGCUUCGCCCACCGACAGCCCCAGCCCCACCAGUGCCUUCCAACACGGUGGGCUCUCAAAGGUCAGAAGUUACAUUUUAAAAAAAAAAUAAUCUCAUUUUCUUUUAAAGGCAGCUGGAAAACCCUCUAGUACAACAACUCGCACUUUUGAUUCCUCUUAGCUUUCUCAUCCAGAGGGCAGUACCUGCAGACCAGACGUGGUCUGAAGUGUUUUCAUGCAAAAGCAAUAAAGAAUGCCACUGGCUUUCAGCAGA